AUGACAUGUUAGAUACAGAGCGAAGCAGCGGGGAUGAGGUCCGGCCGGAGCCACCAGUUAACAACCGGAUCCGAAAGUAUGGGUACCCGACCAAAUAAAAGUAUUUCUUUCCCGCUAAAUAAUGUCUCUUGCUUCGUCCAACAUUCAUCAUGUUAUCCGAGCGUGACAAUAGUAUACUUGUCAAGAUCUUUGACCCCGAAGCUCAGCCAGAGUCCAGCGCCCGAAUCUCAGCGAAUGCUGUCCCCCUGCCUGGUAUACCGAUUGAUCUGUUCGGCGAACUGGCGACUAGGGAACGAAGGACACUCCAGCCGUUAAAUCAAGACUUCCCCACCCCUGAACGAAUUCAUCAGGCAAUUAAGGAGCUGUCCAGCAUCAUCAAAAGUCACCCACUAUAUGCUUCAGCCUACGUGAACCGGGCACAGGCUCGCCGACUACAGAUCCAGUACGACGAACUGUUCUCCCCCGACGCUGAAUCCAUGAUGGUGGACAUUUUCGCCGACUUGGAUCGAGCCGUCGAUCUAGCUGCGCCGCUUCGGUCUCUCGAUCAGAUCAGCGCGCAUCAAGGCAAUCUCUUGGCAGCAGCCCAUACCCACAAAGGCUUGCUGCUGUUGCGGGCAGCAGAUAUUACCCGAGGCGGUGCUCCCGCUCACGGGCUCCCUCCCGCCUUAGCCAAUAUGGAUGCAGAUGUUCUGGAAGAGGCGGCGAGCCACGAGCUUGCGUCUGGCGGUCGAUACGGCAAUACGAUGGCGCAGCAAUUAGCUGUCAAGACAAAUCCCUAUGCCAAGCUGUGCGGAAGCAUUGUUAGGGAGGCACAGAGGAAGGAGAUCUUGGAAACAAUGAGACCGCAUACAUUCGAGUGCGUUCUAGUGUUACCACGCUGUUUAGCUGAUCGGGUCAGAUAG